UAAAUACACACACACACACUCACACACACAUACACACACACACAGCAGAGACCAGAGAGCCACAGUCAACAAGAAGUGUGAGAGAGGAGAGAGAGAGAGAGUUAGACGGUGCAAAAGUGACAGAGGAGCUAGAUUUGCAGUUUGCGGAGUAGGACUAAUAAGCCACCGGUGGGAGGUUGCUCCAGAGGAAUCAGAGUGACCAAAGGUAUCGAGGACCCCCUCUCCCCUCGGAGAGAGAGCGCGGGAGAGAGAGACACACAACUUUUGGAGCGAUGGACCCGUCUCUGUCCACCGACGUCGAUGGAGAACCAAAGGAGAGGAAGAAGAUCCACUUUGCCGACCCGUCCACUGCACCCACCAACCUGGACCCCCGGCAGGUGGAGAUGAUACGUCGUCGAAGGCCUACUCCAGCAACUCUCUUCAGAGUAGCAGACCAGGGAUCUCCUGAUGAGGAUCAAUCCACUCACCAGUGGGUCGUAGGUGAGAAUGGAGUGCUCAAGCCAAAACGUGUCAAUCCAAACGUGUACCAGCCGCCAUCACUUAGAGCUGUGCAGAAGAUGGCAGAAGCCCAAAUGCAGCACUUAGGGAUCUACCCUCCAAUGGAAAACCCUUACGAAGGGGAAGAGUAUGACGACUACAGGGGGAGAGAGGAAGGAGGGGCAUCCUCUCUCAAGAAGGCUACUGGUCAUCAAGUGACGUUCGCCAGCGACCAAUCAGAGGAGGUUUCUAGAGUGACGGCCAUCAGCAGGCAGGUCCCAGCAGAGGAAGAUGAAGAGGAAGAAGAGAAAGAAGAGACAGGGGAAGAAGGAGCCACAGUCGGUAACAGUGAAGAAACAUUGUGGAUGGAGAAGAACAACGGGGGGCUGUAACUGAAGAAGUUAACCCACCGAGGAUAAGUGGAGACAUGCAAUGAGGUUGAAAACGGCAUCUUACAGCCUUGGAAAUGUUGGUUUGGUGUGUCUUCCUCUGUGUGUUGGGUGCUGUCCUAGAUCAACUGAUUUGCAUAAUGACGUUCCGUUAGAUAGGUCUACUUCACGUGUAGUGGGCCCUUGAAUGGAAGCUGUGCAUAUUUUGCCAUCUAGUGGUGAAAAAUUGGUUUUACAGCUUUCUCGGCCACUACUGUGGUGGGAAUGGGUUAUAAUUAAUUGGGUUUAGUUGAGAUAUGUCACUAAGCUAUAAUAUUUGUAUGUGUUGAAAAUGUAUGUUCACGAGUGUCCUAUUACCUAUAUCCUUUCAAUUUAUUCUUGCAUUAUUUGAAUAACAUCUCAAAAAUCUGAACUGGCUACCUCUUUUUUCAAGAUUCCCCCAUUUGACUACUCAUCCUGACUAACGAGACUGUUUUGGCAAAAGUGAUGCAUUGUUAACAAAUUCAAACGUCUCUUACCAAUAUAAGUAAUACUAAUGAGUGAUAAUGAGUACAUUUUUUGAGGCUGUAUGUAAGCCAUCUAUUGUAUUGUAAGAGCAUAUUUUUCUAAUGUAACUCACUGUUUCUAUAGAAUUUGUAGCCAUUGUUCAGUGUGACCUACCAAUAUCCUGCUCAAAUUAGCAAGCCCUUUUUUGCUGUACAACUGGCAUUAGAGCAAAAAAGAACCAGCACAAAGUACAUUAUCUCCAUUAUAUAAGUUAUUAUUAAAUCUCGGUCUCCCUCAGCUGUACAUAAUGUUGAUUGUUGAAUGUAGAAGUUGCCCAGACAGCUGUGUUUUCUUUUUUGUUGCUUGCAAAAAUGUAGCCUAAGACAAAAAUAAUGACAUUUUGUAAUCUCUGUUAUUACCGGUUACUUUAGCUUGAGAUUGUAGUUCAUGUGGACAUCCGACAGGUGUACUUUCCUUGGCUCUGGCGCGGCAAAGCUCAAACUUUACCUCUCACUUUUAAUUCUCUCUCCAUUUCCUUCUCUUAUGGUAUGAAGACAAGCAUGUCAAGACAAGAAUUAUUUCUGUUUAUUUGUCUUUAUUUUAACCUUUUUUCUGUUUCCUUUCCUCCUUGUUAUUUCAUUGUUUUAACACAAUUAUAAAUAAACAAUGUCCUUGUUCCUCUUGAAAUCUGCAUUUAAUUACUCAUGUAGGC